GUUGUGGCAGUGGCAGCGCCAGCAAGCUCCGUCUGCUUGUCUGCUUGCUCGAGCAAAACAGAUGACAGAAACAUUUCUCUUAAAUUUGUCGUGGAUAUGUCAGAUAAUCUAGCAAACAACCCAUUUUUUGGGCUGUUUGAUUCUGCAAACGACGCAAACAAAUUUUCCCAGCAAAAUGACUCAAAUGAAGAUUCUUCUGCAAAGGAAAAUUCCAUAUCAGACGAUUAUGAAGAAGAAAAAGAGACUACUUCUGAGUUAAAUCUGCCAGAUGACAUAAACAAUUUGAUUCAAGAUAUUUUUCAUAUAACUGCAUCCAAGAAUGCUACUUCUAAACCUCUGGUCUAUGUCGAAGACACAGCGGCUACUCUUGAAACUCCAGGCAUCCUCGACAUGAACUCUCUAGAACAAGCACUUUUCGAGCGACUGCUGUUGGAAGAACCAGGGAAUUUUGUAGUGGCUCCUACAUCCCUUGGCAAUGCUGCAAUCCACCAUCAUGUCAUCGAAAAGGAAGUUCUUACCUAUUUAUAUGAUUGUCACAAACAAUUGAUAAAUUUGCAAAGAUUUAAGAAAUACAAAGCUCUUGUGACCAUGGAUGAGCUUGUCAUCCGAAAUUUUGUGACAGCAUUGAUUAGUCCAGAGAUUUAUGGAAAUCAACAGCUACACAUUCAAUUCAUUAACAUUUUCAAUAACGAUGAUCAUCUUCAAAGGCCGCUGGUAUCUCUUGUCAAUGCUAUUGUUAACGUGACAGUUCAAGAUUCAGGUACUGAGGGUGCCAUUGCUGUAUUAUCAAAAGCGUUUUAUCCUGUUCUGGAUGAAAUCAAAGAGCGCUUUGAGAACAGCACUCUUAUGACUAUGAAUCGCAACCUCAUGAACCUGGUUGGGGUGUUUUCAUCCAUCCCAGCUUUGGCUGAAAUUCUUGUGCAUCAUAGCACACCUGAAGCAAAAGAGGAUGGAGCUGCGUAUGGAGAUACCUUAUUUGGUGCUAUUUUGUCAACAUCCUGUUUGCCUAGAUCAGGAAUAAGAUAUAAGCCAGCUGAACAGUUUCAGUUUGACCGCAGUAUGGAGGACAGCUUUUGGAUAGGGCUCAAAGCCAAUUCUGAUUUUAUGCACAAUGUAUUCUUCAACCUUUUCAAAAAUGACAAAAAAACAAAAGAUAUGAUGCUUUCAUGGAUUGGAUGCUGUCUUCAUGCAAAUGCGUCUAGAGGAAAGUUAUCAAAUACACAUGAAAUGGAAAUGUCUGUACUUGCUGCACUGACUUCUGUGUCUGAUGGAUUUAUGAUGAACUUAUGUGGAGUGUUAAUACGUCUAUGCAAACCAUUCAUUAACAAGAAUGAAAAACUUAUGAAAAUUGAUCCAACAUACUGUGCUGUUGAGGAUCAAAGGGAAGGAGUUCAUUUGAAGGGAAUGUCCAAGGAAACUUGUUUGAUCACUUUGAGUUCUGAUAGUGGUAUUUCUGAAAGGCCCACUGCCCGUUCCUACAAUUUCCUCUCUGAUAUUUUCUUCAUGACACACAAGGCAUUAGACCUAGGUUUUCGGGUUGUGUUUGACAAGUGGAUGCAAAUUAAUCAAGAACUAUCAAGGAUUCAGCAACAGCUGGAAACAACCCAAGCAAGACUACCUGAAACAGCUCAAACACUCAGACAAAUGCUAGAAUCUAAAAUGCAGAGGUCUUUGGCUAUGCGGUGCACUCUUCUAGAAGAGAAUAACUUACGUCUUUUGGCCGAAGUAUGUGUAGCAACCUCAGAGUGGCUCAUCCAGGUUGCCAUUCAGCCUCCUUUUACUGGAGAACCUGAGACCUAUGCUCCAAUCAAUUCCAGGGAACUAUUCUUUCCAUUACCAGAAUAUGUGCCGCCUACUUUAAGUUGCGUGCCAGAGAUGUUAUUUGAAAAUCUUGCCUGUUAUAUGAGCAUGGUCCGACGAUUUGCUCCUAUUUUCCUCGAUGACAGAGGCACAAGCUUUCUGGAGCCUCUUCUGAGUCAGGUGCUAGUGUUUAUGGGUAACAAAACACGCAUGCGUAAUCCUCACCUACGAGCACGUCUUGCGGAGUGUAUGGAGUCUCUUUUACCUCACCAAGAACGAGAUGAGCAGAUCCCUGGGCGCUUCCUACCUCCCAGUGUACACAAAGAACAACUCUUCAAGCUUCAUCCUCAUCGCGCUCAAAUUGUUAGAAGUUUAUUGGAUGUAUUUGUUGGUAUUGAAGUGACUGGAGAAAGUGUUGCUUUUGAACAGAAGUUUAACUAUCGUCGACCUAUGUAUAUUGCUAUGGAUUAUUUAUGGGGUAUGGAAGAACAGAGAGCAGUUUUCAAAGAGUUGGCCAGGGAGGCUCAAGAAAAUAUCAAUGCUGUGACUCCUCCAUUGUUUUUACGUUUCAUCAACCUUCUGCUCAAUGAUGCAGUUUUUCUCUUAGAUGAGGCUCUUGCCAACAUGGCACUGUUGAGGACUAUGCACACUGCAAGGGAUAAUGGAGAGUGGGAUAAUCUUCCUCGAGCGGAGAGACAACAGAACGAGGGCCAACUCAUGCAUAUUGGAAUGCUAGCCAGGUUUGAUAAUAUCCUUGGUAAAGAAACUAUUCACACCCUACAGUACAUCACAACAGAGGUGACAUCAAUCUUCUGUGAUCCGUCUCUGGUCAACAGAAUAGCUGCUAUGCUUAACUACUUUCUGACCCACCUUGUAGGACCUGAGAAAAAAAAAUUCAAGGUGAAAGAUCGGCAGGAAUAUGAAUUUAAGCCGGCAGACUUGGUGAUGGACAUUUGUAGAAUCUAUGUCAAUCUUGGCAAGUGCGAUGAGUUUUGUUUAGCUGUUUCUCAAGAUGGACGCUCAUAUAGCCCCAGUUUGUUUCAGCAAGCAGAACAUGUACUAGUACGAAUUGGUGGAGGCAUGCUGAUAACCGACUUCAUGCAAGUUGCAUCAAGAGUGGCUGAGCGUGCUCUUGAGCAAACUGCUGAAGAGGAAGCCUUGGCUGAAGCACCUGAAGAGUUUUAUGACCCAAUCUUAUCGACAUUAAUGGUAGACCCUGUUAUACUGCCCUCAUCAAAAACCACUUGUGACCGGUCAACCAUAGCCAGUCAUUUGCUUAAUGAUCAGACUGAUCCUUUCACCAAGGCUCCGCUUACCAUGGACCAAGUCAUUCCGGAUGUAGAACUCAAAGAGCGAAUUGAAGCUUGGAAAACUGAAAGGCGAAGUCAAAGAGCAAGUGCCUCCACCAGUCAGGAACGCACAACAGUACCGACAGAAGAACGAGAGGGCACAAAUCAUUAGGAAAACAACUUUUCCCCAGGAUAUCUGAGGAGGUGCAUUAUGUACAGCAUUGAAUGUUUUUAGAUUGAAUGUUGUUAGAUUGAAUGACAGUGAGUUGUUUUCACUCACCACUUGGUUUGUUCCCUUAUCAGUGAUAUUUAUCCUGUAGUGACUUGAUGUUGGUUUUCUCCUCUUUGCUAAAUUUUUAAUUAGUAUUAUUGACUUACUUGAAUCCUAAUGGAGAAAUCCUACAUUCCAUUGACUUCUCACCAAGUCAACUGCAGGAAGUGGAAUGCAUACAUUUUGUAAAAAAAGUCUUUAUCUACUAUUUCUUCACAAGUACCUUGCAUAUUUGUUAAAUGAAAAAUCAUUGCCUGAAUGUCUUUUUUCCUCUAAUCAGAUCCUUUUAAUUGUUAUUAAUCUGCUAUUUCUUCUUUUCUGAAACUUAAGUUUGUGCCAUUUAAGGCUUGAUGACUUUGAAGGUACAAAGUCCUCUCUAAAAUUACUGUAGAUUUACGUAGAAUCUAUUGUAUUUCUUUUGUGAUAAUGGAUUCAAAUGCUAUCUUUAAAUUGCAUAUCUGUGAUUAUAUCCAUAAUUAUUCUAUCCUUGAAUGUGUAUACAGCACAAUAAAAAUUACGAUACAUCAAGCACA